CUAACCGCGAAACAAACUGCUAUUUACAAUGUAUACAAUGCAGAGUUGGACGUGCAUUUUUCUUAUUAUUUGCAGUAUGCAGAGCGUGUGUCAUUGCUGUGACUGGAUCCGACACCACUACGGCCUCUUGAGCGCAGAAUACCUUUCCCUGCUGGACCAGAUGGGAGGAGAUAUCACAAAGCAGAAUGCCCCUGUCCUUUUCCCAACAUCACUUUACAGACACAUAGAUGAUGCUGAGUUUGAGGACAAAGUCAGAUUCCUGAGAGAGACCAUCUAUCAAAUCACAAAACUGUUUGAUGGGAAUAUGAAAUCUGUCACCUGGGACAAGAAAAACCUGGACGAUUUCCUCAACAUUCUAGAACGCCAAUUGGAGAACCUUAAUUCCUGUGUAUCACCUGCCAUGAAACCUGAGAGGAGACUGAAACGGUACUUCAAGAAGUUGAAUAGGAAGGUUCUGAGAAAAAUGAACUACAGUGCACAGGCGUGGGAGCUCAUCAGGAAAGAGACGAAACGUCAUCUGCAAAGAUUGGAUAUCCUUGCGGCACAGAUGUACUGAUCAUCCAGACUCAUUUCAGAAGCUACACCCUUACCAGUUUAUAAAACAUGAAUACAAUCAUGUGGGACCCUGUCAGUCUAUUUAUCAUAUUUAAGUCAAUAAAUUAUUGUUUUUUUUAUAAUUUAUAAUUUAUAUUUCGUAUUUCCCUUUUGUACAUGUGUUGAACUGAACUGUAUUGCCUGUCUACUUGAAAAAAACUGUUUA